CGCGAAAGUCGACCAUCAAGAUGGAACCAGAAAACCAAGCCCAGCAGUACGGCGAAGUGAACCAGCUGGGUGGAGUGUUCGUUAAUGGGCGUCCCCUGCCAAACAGCACCCGCAUGCGGAUCGUGGAACUGGCACGGCUGGGAAUCCGACCAUGUGACAUUUCCCGGCAGCUUCGAGUCAGCCACGGUUGUGUGUCGAAGAUACUAGCACGCUAUCACGAAACCGGAUCGAUUCUCCCGGGAGCCAUCGGUGGCUCCAAGCCGCGUGUCACCACCCCCAAAGUGGUGACGUACAUCCGAGAGCUCAAGCAGAAAGAUCCGGGCAUCUUCGCGUGGGAAAUCCGCGAUCGGCUACUAUCGGACGGAGUUUGCGAUAAGAACAAUGUGCCUAGCGUCAGUUCCAUCUCACGGAUCCUGCGGAACAAGCUGGGGAACAUUACGCAUCAUCACAGUGGCAGCCACACACCGCACACCACCCAUCUGUACAACUCGAUCUAUCCCUCCUAUCCGUACACGACCAGUUCGCUCAAAUCGGAAAUUUCCUGCGGCGGCAGUCCGUCCCCUCCGACGGGAGCCACACCGAUGCGAUCGCCCCACCACCACCACGCUCACUGUUGGCCCUCGUCGCACUCGGUAACGGACAUCCUGGCGAACGUUCACCACCAGGCGGCCGUGGCCGCGCUACGGAAUGGCAACCCGGGCUCGCAGUGUCACACCACUCCACCGCCCCCGUCGCUCGGUUCGGUCAUUCCGAACAUGGCCAGCAACAUGCAGCACCAGAUGCAGGACACAACCCACCAGACGCCCAAUUCGUACAACUACUACAUGUAUCUGCAGCAGAGCGGCGGAAUGCACCACGGCGGGCUGGCCAGCGCCAGUGGCUUAUAG